AUGUCUUCGUCUAAUAGGCCUGCCACUCGCUCGUCAGCUCGCCAAGCAGCAAGGCAGGCAGACCCGUCCCGAUCUGCUGGCGCUUCUGCUGCUGGGUCCCCGACCGAACCUGCCCCUCCUCCUCCCGCGCCUCGACGAUCCGAACCGCGGAAACGUAAGGCCACCGCCGAUCUAGAAGCUACACCUGAACCGACUCCCUCGACUAGGCGUUCCAAGCGAGCGAAGGUUCCCGAUCAGCAGCCUCCCCAGCCAGCCGCACCUCCAGCACAGCCCUCCCAACCCGCAUACUCUCUUAGGAAGAGGAAGGGAAAACAAGCUCCGACUAUGUCGAGUCCAGAGUACGAAGACUCCAGCUUGCCCACAUUUGAUCCUCACCUGCUGACAACCUCAAGAUCUGCCGCAGGUCCGUCCAUACCUCCUUCGGAAAACGCGCAGUCUGCCUCGUCGAGUCGAAAGUCUAGUCGGAGCAAGAAGAAUGCACCAGCAACUGCUGGAUCCUCAGCUUCGAACCGACGGUCGCGGAAGAAGACGAGCAAUGUCGAUGAAGACACUCACAUGACUGGCACUGACGAGAGCGAGAAGACGUCUGCCCCACCACCACCUCCACCGCACGAGGACAACUUCGACGAAGACAGCGAGGAGCACGAUGAUGAGGAUCAACGAUACGAUGAACACGACGACGACGAUGUCUUUGGAGGAUUUGGCGGCCCCCCGGGCGGUCUUCACUCCAGCCUCGCUCUCCUCACAGGAAUGAUGUCUGGCAUGGGGUCUCGUCUUAGGGAGAUACUGGCCAAUCUUCGGCAAAAAGAUGACCCCAGUUUGCACCUCAUUGCGCUGAACGAGCUGUCUGAACUCCUCCUGGUAUCCAACGAGGACAACCUGCAGGGACAUUUCUCGGCGGAUUCCUUCGUUCGAGAACUGGUUGCGCUGAUGAAGCCGGACGAUUUCAUGGAGGCUAACCCCGAGAUCAUGCUUCUCGCCUGUCGUUGCCUGGCAAACCUCAUGGAGGCUCUGCCUUCCAGCGUUACUAACGUUGUGUACGCCGGCGCCGUGCCAGUUCUUUGCGAGAAGCUCAGGGACAUUCAGUUCAUAGAUCUGGCCGAGCAGGCCCUGAGCACCUUGGAGAAGAUAUCGGUUGAGUACCCCUCAGCCAUCGUCAAGGAGGGUGGUCUCGCGGCCUGUCUUGAAUACCUCGACUUUUUCGCAAUGAGCACGCAGCGAACUGCUGUGACGACCGCUGCAAACUGUUGUCGUAACCUGCCUCAUGACUACUUCGAUGUCGUCAAAGAUGCCAUGAAGAUCCUCCGCGACGUACUCAAGAAUAGCGACCAGCGAGUGGUGGAGCAAGCAUCCAUCUGCGUUUCUCGCAUCGUGGACACCUGGCGGCAUAACCCCAACAAGUUGGAAGCUUUGGUGACGGAGGACCUUCUGUCCUCUAUUCUGCGGCUGCUGCUGCCCGGCAGCACCAAUUUAAUAUCGCCUAAUAUCCACACUCAAUUUUUGCGAGUUUUGGCAUCGACGGCGCGAGCAAGCCCUAGGCUGUCGGUGGAGCUAAUGAAGAUGAACGUGGUCGAGACGCUCUAUCAGGUCUUGACGGGUGUGUCACCUCCUAAUGGGACAGACGAUAUCGCCUCGAAACUCGACAGUGUGCUUAUCAUGCAAGCCCUAAUUCAUCGACCACGGGAACAGAUUCUUGAGGCUCUCAACGUCAUUUGCGAGCUCCUCCCCAAACUACCGGCCGGCGCUGCUGAUCCCACCAAGGGCGGCCUCAAUGAGGUGGCCCCACCUGAAGCGAACACUGGGUCAUCCUCAACGUCAAGACGCAGGACCUCGGACGAAAAGCGCAUCCAGCUGUUGGAAGGCUGCAAGACAGAAGUUCGGCGCUUUGCGCUGAUUUUAUUCCCGACUCUGACGGAUGCCUUCUCCAGCACGGUAAAUCUCAGUGUGAGGCAAAAGGUUUUGUUGGCCCAGCUUAAGAUGCUGUACAACCUGGACGAGGCCAUUCUCACAGAAGCUUUGGCGCCAGUGCCAUAUGCGUCCUUCCUCGCAUCGAUCCUUUCCCAGAAAGACGACCUCACCCUAGUGACAGCAGCACUACAAGCCACGGAGCUCCUCAUGACACGACUCGGAAACAUCUACCAGUAUCAGCUCUACAGGGAGGGGGUCAUCGCAGAAAUAGCCAAGGUAGCUGAGGAGACGGAGGCUGACGCGAAGGCAGUCAUCGAAUCUCAAGACUUGCAAAGGCGUUCAUCUGUGGCUUCUGAGGAUCAGUCUUCGCACAACGAUUCAUCUGACGAUGACGACGACGAUGCUGCUGAUGAGCACGAUGAUGAAGACGACGAGGAUGAUGAGCCAUCGCAUCAUUCAUCUGACGAGGAACACGACGAGGAACACGAAGAUGACGAAGACGAGGAGCAUGAGAAUGAAGGUCGAGCUCAAGUGAUGUCUGGGUCUCCUGAUAGCUCCGGAGGAUCUACUAUGUCAAUCGACGGACCCCCACGGCCGCCCCCAUUCACAGGCACUCAACUGUUGCGGUCGAAAAUCCACAAGGACGCGAAGGAGUUCCUGGAGACCCAUGAAGCGGAGAAGAACGCCAAGACAAUGAAGAAGAGGGCUACAAAGAUAUUGACAGACCUGACGGAAUUGGCGACUGAGAUUGAAGCUUUCUAUCUUCGCCCGACCUCCUCAGGCAGUAUCGCUGGUGAGAAUGGAAAGAGGUUGUUCGAAAAGUUAGCAACCUAUUUCGAUUCUGAUUUAUUUGAGAGCGCAACAAGUGCAGAGCUGCUUGCUUCCGGCGUUGUUCGAGUUUUGGAACAGGUCUUCAGCAACCCUGACGAGGAUCUCGCAAUGGCUGCUCAAGCAGCGUUCAUCGAGGUUUUCAUGGGGUACACCGUCAAGUCGAAGCCCAAGACGGCGACAGCUGACUCGCCUGCCACGCCCUUCAGCAUGAUGGUCCACAAGCUGCAAGACCUGCUGAGUCGAUCAGAGCACUUCGAGGUCCUUACUGUGUCCAGUGCUGCACACGGUGACAGCCAUCGUAGCAGUCCAGCAUCGAUGCUCGCCAAACAGAUUCGCCUCAAACUCACCGCCGACGAUGAUUCCGACAUUCCCAAGGUGUACCGCAACAUCAUGGUGUCCAUACAUGCCAUCGCAACAUUCAAGUCCUUGGAGGACUACCUGCGUCCUCGCAUCAGUCUAUCUGACCGCCCGCGGCCACCGCGGGGCAAUCGUGAAAGCCUCACGAGAGCCUUGGCCGCGAUGACAGGAGGAGCAUUUCCUUUUGGCGCUGGCUCACCUUCUGGGUCCGCUCGCCUUCCUUCCCGCCUGCCACCGCCAAUUGGUGGUGCAACACCCCCGCCUCCUCCUCCACCUGCUCCACCAACAGCUUCCGGAUCUCGAUCAUCACGAAAGUCAAAAGGCUCCAGGGCGGCCCCAACAGCUGAGACCCCGGCCACACCGGAUCCUGCGUCCUCAGCAUCAGGUGCAAAAGUCAUACUGCGUAGGUCCAGUCGACGCAGCACAGCGCCAACAGACUCACCGCAGCCAAGCAGGGGGCCACCUGCUGACGAAGACGACCUCGAAGAUGCGCUCGAGUGUGCUGACGAAAAGCACAUCACCGAAGAUGAGGACACACCUGACCGCAGCGCUCUGGAUACAAUUGUUGGCGAUCUCGAUGAAGACAUGGGUGACGCUCCGACUCCUGAUCCGUCUGCUGUGAACCUCGAGGUUGCAGCUGGCGGCAAGAUAACCGCAAGGAAAGAAGAUGGAACCCGCGUACCCACUCCAUCGCAGGGAAGCAGCAGCAGCAACAACCUUGCUCAGCGUUCAAGUCUCCUUGCCAAUGCUUUAUUGAACUCUCCCUCGCCUUCAUCUCCUUCUCGUUCAAUGUCUUACGCGGCUGCGAUUCAGUCUGUUCCGCAGGAUUGGCAUUUGGAAUUCAGCCACCAAGGCAAGGUCUUGACCAACGACACGACAGUAUACCGAGCAGUUCAAAAGCCGGCAAUUGACUCCAACGACUAUUCGAGCCGGAAUGUUUGGGUCCUGACUCACGAGAUCAAGAUCCGACGUGUUCCCGGGCCUCCGUCGGCGGAGAGGCUGUCUUUUGGUUCGGCCUCUGCUGAGGAGAGUGAAAAUGGCGAAGGAAACAGCCCAGCAUCGUUAGCCAAGCACCCCAACACUUCGUCCAUCCUCCGAUUGCUGAAGAUUCUGCACAACCUCAAUGCGAAUAUUGAUGACGUGCUUGUCGAAAACAAGGCUACUCUCAAAUUGAAUAUGGAACCCUUGUCGCAAUUCGUCAACACCAAACUCACUUCAAAGCUCAACCGACAGCUAGAAGAGCCCCUGAUUGUUGCCAGUAACUGCCUCCCAAGCUGGAGUGAAGACCUAGCGCGGCUGUAUCCUUUCCUCUUCCCUUUCGAAACUCGCCAUUUGUUCCUCCAGUCGACUUCGUUUGGUUAUGCUCGAUCCAUGAACCGCUGGCAAAACGCUCAGUCCCAGGAAGAGUUGAGACGCAAUCGCGAUGACCGCCCAUUCCUUGGUCGUUUGCAGCGACAGAAGGUGCGAAUCUCGCGGGCCAAGAUCCUCGAGUCAGCUUUGAAGGUUAUGGAUCUGUACGGAAGCUCGCAGAGUAUCCUCGAGGUGGAAUACUUUGAGGAAGUCGGUACUGGUCUGGGUCCAACCUUGGAGUUCUACUCUACGGUCUCGAAAGAAUUCGCCAUGAAGAAGCUCAGGCUUUGGAGAGAUGCGGAUCAGAAUGAGUCCGAUGAGUAUGUCUCUGGUCCAACUGGUUUAUUCCCGAGGCCACUGGGCGAGGAUGACUUGUCCACGCCCAAUGGCGAGCGCAUCCUGCAGCUUUUCAGGACACUGGGCAAGUUCACGGCUCGGUCAAUGAUUGACUCUCGGAUCAUCGAUAUCAACUUCAACCCGAUCUUCUUCCGCAUUGGUGAUGAGACCUCGGGCAUCAAACCCUCUCUUGGGGCCAUGAAGCUUGUGGAUCCCAUUCUUGCCAGGUCUUUGGUCCUGGUCAAGAAGUUUGCACUUGCCAAGAAGACAAUAGUCGAGGAUCCCAACCGGGACGCCACACAAAAGGUCAAUGACAUCCAGAACAUCACCGUCGACAAUGGGGUGCGGAUCGAAGACCUGUCACUUGAUUUCACACUCCCAGGCUACCCAGAGAUUGACCUGGUGCCCAAUGGCUCGCAAAUCAUGCUGACAAUCGACAACGUGGACAACUACCUCGACCGAGUGAUAGACAUGACGCUGGGCAGCGGAGUCCGCCGUCAGGUCGAUGCUUUCCGUACGGGGUUCUCGCAGGUUUUCCCAUACAAUGCGCUAAGGGCAUUCACCCCUGACGAACUGUGCACUCUUUUCGGCCGCACUGAGGAGGAUUGGUCACUUACAACUCUUAUGGACUCGAUCAAGGCAGACCACGGCUUCAACAUGGACAGCAAGAGCGUCAGGAAUUUGUUGCAAACCAUGAGUGAGAUGACGCCGGUCCAGCGACGGGAUUUCCUGCAAUUCACUACCGGAAGCCCCAAGCUUCCUAUUGGGGGAUUCAAGAGUCUGACACCAAUGUUCACUGUCGUCUGCAAGCCGGCCGAGGCUCCGUACACUUCAGACGACUAUCUCCCCAGCGUCAUGACCUGCGCCAACUACCUCAAGCUGCCAGACUACACUGACGUCAAGAUCCUGCAAAAGCGCCUCUCCACAGCCACCAAGGAGGGCCAGGGAGCAUUCCACCUUUCUUAA